AUGAGCAACAAUAGCAAUAACAACAACAAUGAUAACAACGACAACAAUAAUAAUAAUAAUUACAACAACAUUUACAACAUUAAUAACAAAGUCGACAAUAGCAACUUAGCUAACAACCACAACAACAACAACAACAACAACUAUAUAAAUAGCAACAUCAAUUAUGACAACAUCUACGCUGACGACAUUAAUGACAACAACAACAACGUCAGCAACAACAACAACAAUAAUAAUAAUAACGACACCAACAACAAAGAUGAUGAUGACAACGACGACGAUGGCGACAACGCUGUAAUAGCAGAAUGCACCUAUGAAGGAUUGAGAACCGCCCUAUUUCUCCUCUCCAUAUUCUUCAUGUUUCUCUUCUAUCUCUUCUGCCAGCUGGGCGGCGGUCUUCAAUUCAUCAAAAAAAAAAUCAAAAGAAAAUUCGCCAAACCGACAAAAUCGAGUCGGAAUUCGACGUCGGUGAAGUCGAAUACUAUCAAUUACAUCCCUGCCAGCGACAAAAAGCAUAAACUAGAUAACAAUGAUAAUGAUGAAAAUAAAAAUGGCGACGAUGAUGAUGAUUCGAACGUGGAGACAUCGUUUAACUGUGCCAAAGCCUUACUGGAGAAGAAGAAAUGGAAGAAAAUAAAGAAGGAGGACAUUGUCAAUGGGAGAGUUGUGACAAGAAGCAAUCGCCACCACCAUCAUCAUCAGCAGCAGCAGCAACAUCAUCAUCAGCAACGGCGUUCCAUAUUCAGAGGUUAUAGUAGUAGUCGUAGUGGUGAUGGUAGUGGUAGCAAAGGGAUAUCUGCAGUCGUUAGACAGACUUCGAGGCCUUUUAUAUCGACUGCGGUUGGAAGAAAAUAUUGA